GCUUCUUCAUCCAUUAUUAUCAGUUAUCCCUAUUAUUUUUCAGUAGGGUUUAUCACUCUCUCUUUCUCUCUGCAACACAUCCCAACUAGGGUUUAACCCUUCCAUAUCCACCGUCUACAAAUGGCGUCGCCGUUAUCUUCCAUUUUCCGAGCUCGAUUCCCCUUUACCACUUCAUCUAUCUACAAGGUACGCCCUUCCCCCCCUUUCAUUUCAAUUUCCCAAACCCUAAUCCGAUACCCGGUGAUCAGAGCUCUCUCCACCUCCGCCCUUCCCGGUGAUUUCCAUCUUCCAGAUCCCCAGUCGCCUGCUCCUUCCUUCAAUUUCAAUCAGAAUCCCGGCAAUCAGGGCGCCCCCCGGAAUAAUGAUUUCGGGAACCCUACCGGUCAGAGGAACAAUAAUUUCCAGAAUAAUCAGGGUUAUGAUGCCGGUUACGGUAAUAGUAAUGGCGGUGUGAAUCGGGGUUAUCCGAAUCAAGGGAGUUUCAGUCCGGGUCAAGGAGUAAACCCCAGCCCUAAUUUUCCAGAACAGGGGGUUCGGCAGAACCAGAGGUAUCCGCCGAACUCGAGAACGAAUAUGGUGAGGGAUAAUGUUAAUCAGUGGGGUAAUAACCAGAAUCAAGGACCUAGGUCGUACUCGAGCCCGAAUUUGGCGAGGGACAAUAAUCAGAAUCAAGGAUAUGCGCCGAGUUCGAACCCAAAUUUGGUGAGAGAUAACGCUAAUCAGUGGAGCAAUAAUCAGAAUCAAGGAUAUGCAGCGAAUCCAACCCCGAAUUUGGAGAGGGGUUAUCCUCAACAAGGCGGAUUUCAGAACCAGGGUUAUCCGCAAAACCCUAAUCGGCCUAGUGGUGUUGGUGGCGGUGGUGUGAAUCAAGGGAGAAAUAGCUAUAACGCUCAACCUCAACAGCAAAACCAGAAUCAGUGGGGAUCACAUGGGCAGGCUGUGGCAAAUGAUAAUCGAGGUCCAGCCACGAUGGAACAGUCAGCCAGCACGGUUGGGACUCUUGUUGUCAACUUGUUUAGUUUGUGCAGAGAGGGUAAGCUUAAGGAAGCAAUUGAACACAUGGAUCAGGGGGUGCUUGCGGAUGCUGAGUGUUUUAGUUUGCUUUUUCAGAUGUGUGGGAACUUAAAGAAGUUUGAGGAGGCGAAGAAAGUGCAUGAUUACUUCUUGAGGUCGGUGCAUAGGGGUGAUCUCGAAUUAACAAAUAAGGUGCUUGACAUGUACUCAAAGUGUGGAAGUAUGACGGAUGCACGAAGAGUUUUUGAUCAUAUGCUUGAUAGGACUAUGGAUUCUUGGCACUUGAUGCUUAAUGGGUAUGCAGCUAAUGGUCUUGGUGAUGAUGGUUUGGCAUUGUUUGAGCAGAUGAAGACGACUGGUUUACCACCGAAUGGGGAGACUUUUCUUGCUGUUUUAGAAGCUUGUGCUAAUGCUGAUGCUAUUGAAGAGGGAUUCAUAUAUUUUGAUUCAAUGAAGACUGACUAUGGGAUUUCUCCUGGAAUCGAACAUUAUGUGGGACUUUUAGGUGUUCUUGGUAAGUCGGGACAUCUUGCUGAGGCUCAGGGGUAUAUAGAGUCUCUUCCGUUUGAACCUAGUGCUGUUUUUUGGGAGGCAUUGAUGAACUAUGCUCGUAUACAUGGAGAUAUUGAGCUUGAAGAUCAUGCUGAGGAGUUGUUGGUCAGUCUCGACCCUUCAAAGGCUGUCACAAACAAGAUCCCGACUCCUCCAAAGAAGCACUCCCGGCUCAACAUGCUCGUGGGGAGAAACAGGAUACUGGAGUUCCGAAAUCCUACUCUCUACAAGGAUGACGAGAAGUUGAUGGCUGCGAACCAACCUCAAGCUUAUGUGCCUGACACAAGAUACGUUCUUCAUGACAUUGAUCAGGAAGCAAAGGAGCAGGCAUUACUCUACCAUAGUGAGCGUCUAGCAAUUGCUUAUGGUCUGAUUAGCACUCCAGCAAGGCAGCCCCUGCGAAUCAUUAAGAACCUUCGUGUAUGUGGUGACUGUCACAAUGCUAUAAAGAUCAUGUCCAGAGUUGUUGGGAGGGAGUUGAUUGUGAGAGACAAUAAACGGUUCCAUCAUUUCAAGGAUGGCAAAUGCUCUUGCAACGACUACUGGUAAGUAGUUUCCCACUCAUCAAUGCUGGUGGCUUGAUCAUCAUGCUUGUGAGAAGAUUAGGACUCUGUUGGUUCUAUGAUGAACGGCAUGCUACUGUCUAGAUUUACAUAGAAACGACCAACUCUUUGGCUUGUCGAAUGUAGUUUCAUUCAUCUAUGUUCAAUUCACAAUGGAAUUCAACUCUCACUGGCAGUCUAUAGGUAUUUUGAGUAGUGAGAUGGAUAUGAUAAUUGGCAUUGCUCUAGGAAGGAUUUCAAGUUACUAUCCGUGCAUAUAUUCAAGCAUAAUUUAUGAAGUUAACUUCUCUUCAA